AUGGCUCUCAUCGCUGGCCCGUGGCUGCUGUGGCUGGCUGCGUUCUACCAUCUCAUGAUCCUAGUGGCUGGUCAGCACUCCGGUAUGAAAAAAUGCAGCCAUGAGUGCAGAGACAGCAAGAUGACCCAGAGGAUUCCCUUGAGCCAUCUUGCUGGCUACAAGCUUAAUGAGAAGUCCUGUGAAAAACAUGCCAUCAUCUUGAAAACGAAGAAAAACAGGACCUUCUGUGCUGACCCUGAGGAACAGUGGGUCCAGGAUGUGAUGAAAGAACUCGACCGCCAGGCCACUGCUCAGACCCUACACAGCGGCACAUUCGAGAAGCAGAUCGGCGCUAAGAAGCCAAACAUGGGCCUGGGGAAGGCGGGGAUCACAGCAGCACCCAGUGGGAUACCCGAAUCAGCUGCGGUCUCAGAGCCCAGAGCCACAGGGCAUGGAGGGAGCCCUGAGCUGCCUCCUUCUACCCAGGAGGCACAGACGGCUGUGGGCACCUCCCCAGCACUGCCCACUGCAGUGCCUGGCUCCUCAGGAACCACAGAGCUUCCAGCAGAGUCUGAAAGCCCUGAGUUUGUCAAUACAGCCACUGCCUCCUCUGCUGCUGUCCCUUGGCCGCAUUCUACUGCUUUCCAACCUGAGGCCACUGAGGCCCCCUCCAUCAAGAUGCCAUCCACUGAUAAAUCCUUCACUCAGAUCCCAACCACCUCACACCCCACCCCAGAGAAGAACUUUGGACCUGAAAGUCAUUCCCUGGAGGUCACCACACAGAGCUCUGGGCCAGAGAACUUUCAGGGUGUCCAAGAGACAGUUCCCAUGGUCGCUGACACAGAUACCUUCCAGGACUGGGGACCUGGCAGUGUGGGCUAUGUGUCCUCGGCAGGGACCCCUAGCAGGGAGCCUGUGGCCUCAGGCAGCUGGGUCCCCAAGGCCGAGGAGCCCAUCCAUGCCACUGUGGAGCCCCAGAGGCUGGGCGUCCGCAUCACUCCCGUCCCUGACACCCAGGAGGCCACCCGAAGGCAGGCGGUUGGGCUGCUAGCCUUCCUUGGCCUCCUCUUCUGCCUGGGUGUGGCCAUGUUCGCCUAUCAGAGCCUCCAGGGCUGUCCCCGCAAGAUGGCAGGAGAGAUGGUGGAAGGCCUGCGCUAUGUGCCCCGGAGCUGUGGCACCAACUCCUAUGUCCUGGUGCCCGUGUGA